CAGUGACGGCAGCGCCAGACAGAGGAUCCUGCAGCUGCCGGUCGCUCCAGAGGAAACGCGCUGCAAGUGGCGAGGAAGUUAAACCUGGACUGAGGAGCCCAGCAUUAGCUAAACCACAGAAGGCUGACUGGGCAGGGCACUCUGGCUAAAUGCUGUAUGGACGCUGGCAUAGCCAAAUGUGUCUUUAAUCUGAUGGGAAUAGAGGUGUUUUUUGCUGGUUCAGAAGCAGCAGAUACCACCCAAACCAAGGCAUGAUGAACGCUUCUGUGGGUCCAUCAAGGCUGACUCUCAUCCCCAAUAUUAGCUCAGCCUCCACCAAUAAUGCUGGCCCCCACAGUGGGGCCAAGCCCAAGGCCUGUGAGCAGCUUACCAUCACCACGGAGGUGUUCCUCAGCUUGGGCCUCGUCAGCCUCCUGGCCAACAUCCUGGUUAUCUGCGCCGUCGUCAAGAACCAGAACCUGCACUCUCCCAUGUACCUGUUCGUGUGCAGCCUGGCCGUGGCAGAUAUGCUGGUAAGUGUCUCCAACGCCUUGGAGACCAUCAUCAUGUGCCUCCUCAACAGUGGUCAGCUGGUGGUGAGCGACCACUUCAUCCGGCAGAUGGACAACGUCUUCGACUCCAUGAUCUGCAUCUCCGUCGUGGCCUCCAUGUGCAGCCUGCUGGCCAUCGCCGUGGAUCGCUACGUCACCAUCUUCUACGCCCUGCGCUACCACAACAUCAUGACCGUCCGGCGGGCGACCUUCAUCAUCACCGGCAUCUGGACCUUCUGCACAGGCUGCGGCAUCGUCUUCAUCAUCUACUCUGACAGCACGCCCGUCAUCGUCUGCCUGGUGUCCAUGUUCUUUGCCAUGCUCCUCUUGAUGGCCUCUCUCUACAGUCACAUGUUCAUGCUGGCACGAUCCCACGUCAAGCGCAUCGCCGCCAUGCCUGGCCAGAAUGCCGUCCACCAGCGGACCAGCAUGAAAGGUGCCAUCACGCUCACCAUCCUCCUGGGCAUCUUCAUCGUCUGCUGGUCCCCCUUCUUCCUCCACCUGAUCCUCAUGAUCUCCUGCCCCAGGAACCUCUACUGCAUUUGCUACAUGUCUCACUUCCACAUGUACCUCAUCCUGAUCAUGUGUAACUCCGUCAUCGACCCGCUCAUCUAUGCUUUCCGUAGCCAGGAGAUGAGGAAGACCUUCAAGGAGAUCAUCUGCUGCUACAGCAUGCCCAACAUCUGCAGGCUAUCAAGGUAGUAUUACCAUGCCAUAAAAACACGAGCCAGUGGAUACAGAUGAACCAUCAUACUGCCAUUCAACCAAGGAAAUACUUCACCACGUGUACUAGGUCUGGCUGAAACGUUCCUGUGCUUCCCAGACGUAAUGAACUCAACACACUUAAUGAGCUCAACAUAUUACCCAGUAAUGUUUACAAAGGCGAAGACCUCUUAUGUUAUUGCAUGCAAUCUCUGCAGACCGCUAACCCCUACGAAUGAAACCAUCAUGAAUAAUAAAAAUACAGAUGUUUGUG